AUGCGGUACAAUUCGUACGAAGCCCAGGAUGUUGGUUAUGCGUGCGCGGUAUUGUCGGUUGUCAUCUUAGCCAGUCGAGUAAUCAUAUCUCGAUGGCGACGUGAACCUGUCGACAUCAGUUUCGUCUUCGUCGCACUAUCGAUGCUGAUGAUUAUUGGGAGGGUCAUCGCCAACAACUUUUACCUGAGAUUUGGAACGACCAACGAAGUCUUACACGACCCGCACCUCUCAGAUUAUUACGAUACAAGUCACUUAAAAACAGGCAGCAUUCUUGUCUUGUUGGCCAGAGUUCUUCUUACAGCAGCACUGUGGUUUCAGAUUUGCCUUCUGCUCUUGUUCUAUUCAAGAAUAACCUCGGGAAUAGCAUGGGCAGAUCGUCUUACCAAGACAGCUUGGGUCACCGUGGUCGUAACCUUCAUCGCAAUUCUGCUAGCAACAUUCCUUGAAUGCCGCCCGAUCAGCUUAUACUGGCAAAUUAACCCUGACCCAGGGCACUCUAACAUCUUCGUCGACCUGUUGCUCCUCUUCAUCGCGUAUCCCUUGGUUUGCCUAAGGAAACGGACCUUAUCAGAAUAUAUUUCUCUCUACUCCUUAUUUGCGCUUGGCACGUUCUGUAUUGUUAUUACCAUAAUCAGGGUGGUCCUGAUAUUCAACGAGGACUCGUCUCAAACUACGCGGAGUUUAUGGGCGUCGGUUCAGAUGUUCGUCUCGUGUUUCGUUGCGAAUGCGCCGACUAUUUACGGUUCUCUGCGUGUUGCUCGACGGAAGAGGUCUGGACAUAGAAGUACACCUGGCUAUGCUAGUGGUGAGCCGCUAAGUCGGCCCUCCCGUCUAGAAAGGGACUCUUGGAUAAAAAUGGACGAGGAGAUCGCCCUUGCAAUGACUGCGCCCGGUGUGCAAUAUAAUCCGACACAACCAUUUACUACAGCGAUAUUCGCUGACGAUAAUAUUUAUCAAACGCCACAAUCUCGUCCGUGAUUCCUUACCUUGGGCACUUAGCUCUUCUACUCUCGACAUUAACCCGUCAGAUACUUAUUGGAACCACCAACUUGGAUAUAUUACCAAUACAUGCCUUAGAGAUGACGCCGUGGUAGGAAAAGAAGUACGUCAACUAGGGGAAUACUGCAAUUUUAGUAUUUUUACACCCUGUUCAGCAAGCUACGACUUUGGGGGACCCUUAC